UUCAUUUGCCGGUGUAAACAAUUAAGAGCGGCAAACUCCAAACAUAAAAAAAUACAGACAAACGAUUCCUGUUUUUCCAUGAUUCAACAUUGAAGUUCUUUCCACGUCCCAGUGACAAUGUCCGAAUCAACCCCAAAACCUGACCCUGAAGAUAUAAUUAAGAUUCUGGUCGCUAGUGAUAUUCAUUUAGGCUACAACGAAAAGGAUGUUAUUCGAGGAGAAGACAGUUUCAUUGCGUUUGAGGAAGUGCUCCAGCAUGCAUUGGAGAACGACGUGGAUGCGGUUCUUUUGGGUGGCGAUUUGUUCCAUAUUGCGAAUCCAUCUACGAACACGCUGAACCGUUGCUCUCGAUUGCUGAAAACCUACAUGUUGGGUGAUAAACCAAUAAAGCUGGAAUUUCUCAGCGACCAGAAUGAAAACUUCCUGGAGUCUUUGAACAGAACCGUCAACUAUGAAGACCCGAACAUGAACAUUGCCAUUCCGGUGUUUUCCAUUCACGGAAAUCAUGACGAUCCCAGCGGAUUUGGGCGAAUUAGCUCGCUGGAUUUGCUCAGCACCAACGGUUAUGUGAAUUAUUUUGGCAAAUGGACAGAUCUGACUAAGAUUAACAUCAGUCCCAUUCUGCUGAAGAAAGGUGAGACAAAGCUGGCUUUGUACGGGUUGAGCUACAUAAGUGAUGCAAGAUUGGCUCGUUUGUUUAACGAGGCCAAGGUAUUCCUGGAGAAACCAGAAGAUUCCGGUUGGUUCAACAUUAUGGUGCUCCAUCAGAACAGAGCUGAUCGGGGACCAAAAAAUUACCUCCCGGAAAAAUCAUUACCAGGUUUUCUGGAUCUGGUGAUUUGGGGCCACGAGCAUGAUUGCCGUAUUGUGCCGGAAGAAAACUUUUUCCGAAAGUUCUUCGUCAGUCAGCCAGGUUCUACGGUGGCUACAUCGUUAGCCGAAGGGGAAGCGAUAGACAAAUGCUGUGGUGUUCUCAGUAUCCAUAAAAGUCAAUUUCGGCUGGAUCCCAUUCAACUGCAAACGGUUCGACCGUUCAUUUUCGAAUCGAUAAACUUGGCUGACUACUCGGAGCAGUUGCAGCUUGAUGAGGGUGAUGUGCAGCAGAAAGUGCAGUCGUUUGCGGCCGAAAAGGUGGAAGAAAUGAUUGAACGAGCGAAGGGAAAAUUGACCGGGAAUUUGAAGCAACCGAAGUUGCCGUUGAUCCGGCUACGGUUGGAGGUAACAGAAACCGAGCAACAGUUCAACGCAAUUCGAUUCGGACAGCAGUACAGUGGGCGAGUGGCGAAUCCUCAGGAUAUGAUUGCAUUCAAAAAGAAGAUUAUAAGAGCGAAAGAUGAUUUGAAGCCACUUGAUAAGCAAGCUUUAAAAGAUGCGUAUCAAAAUCAGCGGGAAACGGCAGCAAAGCGCGCGGAAGAAGUUGUAGAGCAAUACUUCAGAGGAGCGGAUGCAGAUAAGCAACUUGAAGUGCUCCCAUCGAAAAGUAUGGCCGAAUUGACGCGUCGAAUGGUUGACUAUGAGGAUGAUGAUGCAGCCGAGAAUAUCAUCAAAUUCCACGAGAAAACUGUUUUACAAUAUUUGGAGAGUUGUGUUGUCAAUGAAGAUAACAUUGAUGAGGUUUUGGAGAACUUCCAAGCCAAGGAUACAUACAAUGAUAUGCUUAAGGUGAGUAUUGUAUAUUCGAACAACUCACUUUCCUCGCACAUCAUAUUUCUCUUUCAGAUGCUGGACUCACGCAACCAAAAAAGAACGGACUCAAACGACCGCCCAACUUCUUUUGGUGAUAACGACGAAGAGGAAGAUUACACGCCACUCAGCCUGAAAAACAACUCUACCUUCAAACCACCAGUAGCUAGCACUGGCCGAGGUAAUGCCAGCAAUGCUAGAGGUAGUCGAUCCACCGGCAGGGGAUCGCGGACAACCAAUGCCACAACCGUUAGUAAGCGGGGAGGAGGCAGAGGUAGAGGAAAGACAGCCGCCGGGAAUUCUACCGUAAAAAUCGAAUCAUUUUUCGUUGCUAACACUACUCCCAGAAGUCGUACAAGUGGCAGAAAUGUCUCAAAGGUGGUGUACGUGUCCGACGAAGACGAUUGAUUUUUUUUUCUGAACCUAAAUUCGGUUGUAAUCUAACUAAUAAAGUUAAUGUUGAUGUUACUUUUCUUUUCGAAACAGUGUCUGAUUGUUAUUCUUCAAAGUUAAGCUAGAUUGAGUCCGAGUUUUGGGCCCUAUUAUAUAAAUCGAACCGAGAAAUCGAUACAAUCACUAUUACACUGAGCAAAAAUUCGUAUUUUGUAAAUCGUAAUAUUCUCUUACCGGGCUCAAUGUAAUGUUUUGCAAAUUGCAUAUAUUUAAGCGUUCCUGAAAUGUUUCUCAAAGGAAAAUAUAAGGGACCAAAUCAAACUAAUUUCCCGAAGAUAUGCAACAAGCAAACCAAACAACUCGAAAAAUUCAGACAGUAGCAGCGAUAGUUUCCCUCGGUCGAUGCUAUCGAUUUGCUCUGUAAUACAGUAGAAUCCCGAUUAUCCGCGGAAUAUUCGGACAAGCUUACUGCGGAUAACACAAAAAACACGGAUAACGCAAUGAAGGAUUAAAAAUGAGGUGCAAAUAUAUGUCUCAGCAUGAAAACUAUGUUUAGCAAUACAGAAAUCAUUCAACUAUCCAUCUAUAAAGGGUCCCUUACACUAUAAAUAAUAAUGACAUUACUUCAUCAGAAUGACAAUAACAAUGAUCGUGUAAAGUUGACAAAAUUGAUAUGAGGGAAAUAAUGAUGCAAAUCCUGAUUUUCUUAUCUCGCUCCAUCAUUUCUGUAAUUGGGCAGGGACACUAUCGUUCAUGGUAUCUAGGAUACUGUGCGACAUCUUGUGUUAAAAUCUAUG